GGCUCGUUUUCUUCCUUCCUGCUUCGCCCGCGUCGUGCGCGCUAUGGGGCAGAGUCUCGUCUGGGCCAGCGCUCGCUGAGUAUCCCCGGAAGCCGCCGCCCGCGAUGGAAGAGGACCAGGAACUGGAGAGAAAAAUAUCAGGAUUGAAGACCUCAAUGGCAGAAGGCGAGAGGAAGACAGCCCUGGAAAUGGUCCAGGCAGCUGGAACAGAUAGACAUUGUGUGACGUUUGUAUUGCACGAGGAGGACCAUACCCUAGGAAACUCUCUGCGGUACGUGAUCAUGAAGAACCCGGAAGUGGAAUUUUGUGGUUACACUACGACCCAUCCUUCAGAGAGCAAAAUUAAUUUGCGCAUUCAGACGCGGGGUGCGUUGCCAGCUAUUGAGCCAUUUCAGAAAGGCCUGAACGAGCUCAUGGCUGUCUGCCAGCAUGUCCUGGAUAAGUUUGAGGCCAGCAUAAAGGACUAUAAAGAUCGAAAGGCCAGCAGAAAUGAACACGCAUUCUAGUCCCUUAUGCAGGAUCCAAGGAGAGCCAUCCUCAUAAGCCCACAGAAGGCCAGAAUUACAAUUUGUGAUUACAGCUUGCUUUCUUGACAAAGAUAUGGCUGUAGCUGCUGACCACAGUUGCUGAAAUCUCUGCAAGAACUUUUGUUUGCCUAAUAAAUUCUCUCUCUUGUUUAAACUA